CAGCAGGUAUUUCUUGGGAAGGUUACAGUAAUGAUAAAGGUUAUGGUUCAGGUUACGAAGGACAUCGCCGUCCUUCUUCUCGUCACUCUCGUUCACAUCGUCAGCACCGCCACCAACAUCAUCACCGUCAUAGCCGUCACAACCAACAAAAUUACCGCUAUCAUCAACAUCCUCGCUUACGACACCCUUACGAUGAAGAUGAAGAAGCUGCUGUUGCUGAUAAAGAAGGAGACAAAGAAUAUGAUUAUGAAUACGAAGAAAAUGAAGAUAGUGAUGACGAUCAUCAGAUAAUGAAACAACAUCAUCGGGACCCUCAUUAUGUUUAUUAUCAACAUCGUCAUUCUCAAGAACGAUAUAAUACGGAUGAAGAGGACGAGGAAGAGGACGAUGAAGAUGGCCCUUUAAUUCCUUCCUUAGGCGAUCACUUUGCACCUCAGAACAGCUUAUUAGAUACUUAUCAUGGUGAGCAAUUAAGUGCCAAAGAGCAAAUUGAAUUUGCGAAAGCAACAGGUCAGCCAUUGAUCAAGCUUUCCACGAAGAAGAAAGAAGACAAAACGACUCGAGGAGGUUUAGUGGGUAUGAUUUCUCAGCGUGAAAAGGAUCGUAAAGAAGGUAAUGGAUUGAGAGUAGCAGAAAAAGUAAAUCAACACCAUCUAGACAUGAUGGAGAAAGAGAAAGAAAGAAGACUCUUUGAGCAAAGACAACAACAAAUCUAUCAACAUCAGAUGAUGUUAUUUGCAAAUGGAUAUAGUAUACCUCCUCCUCCUUCCAUCCCAAUCAUGCCAGCUCCAUUCCCUGGACAGUCUUCCGGUGUUGCUAGUCCUGUUAUGAAUUUAAGUGCCACUGGAAUGGCUAAUGGAACAAUACCAUCUGUAAAUCCUUUAUCACCUGUUCCUAUCAAUUCUCUAGGCCCUUUGAGUCCGCUUAAUUUAGCCAUGAUGCAGCAACAGCAACAACCGUUUUCAUCACCCUCUCUUAGCCGUUCAGGAACACCGCCAGCUACCACCUUUCUUUCCCCUCAGCAACCUCAAUUUAACCCUUAUUUCCCUCCUUCAAGUACUGCCCCUAUGAUGAGCAAUGGGCAUCCUUAUUACCCUCAGCAAUAUGGUACAGUAACAGCACCGACAAUAACCUCACCAACACCCUAUUCCCAGCCAGCUUCUGCAAUGGGCUUUUAUAACAAUUACUAUUUUCCAAAUCAAACGCACUUGUUGCAACCACAACAGCAGCAAUAUUCCAAUGGAGAAAGGUAUAGCCCCAAUGCUUUAACCGUGCCUCCUCUAAUAACGGUGAAUAGCAACGACAGAAGAAGAAGAUCAUCCUCAUAUAGAUCGUUAAUAGGAGACAACGUUCUCGCAGCAUCAGCAAGCGGAAUAAACAAAAUUAGCAAUACUAAUAGCAGCAGUAGCGACAUUAGUAGUAGCAGUAUCAGUAGCAUUAAGAGAAAUAAGAACACAGAAUCACGUCAAUGGCAGGAAAGACGAAAAAGCUACAAUAUGGCUGGUUGUCGGUCAGUUUCUUUAUCACCAACCAACACAGUUACCACUACAAAUUCAUCCAUUUCUUCAGCAUCUACCACCACUACUACUAAUUCUUCCAGUUCGUCAACGAAAUCAAGUAUCAGUAGUGGUAGUAGAAAGUCUCGUACAUAAACCCUAUAUAUAACUUCCACUACUUUGCUCUUUCGUUUUCUUUUUGAUUCCAACUAUUAUUGAAACC